GGGGCCCUAGCCGGGGGAGGCCCGCCGGAGCCGCCGGCCAAAGGAGGCCGCAGCGGAGCCUUUCCUUUCCCGAAGAGGGGCGACGGGCCGGAGCCACCCCCCAAGAAGCAGGAUGAAGUUAAAAGAGAUAGAUCGUACUGCCAUGCAGGCAUGGAGUCCAUCUCACCAUCAUCCCAUUUACUUGGCUACUGGUACGUCUGCUCAGCAGCUGGAUGCCACCUUCAGUACCAGUGCCUCUCUGGAAAUAUUUGAACUUGACCUAACAGAUCCAUCCCUUGAUAUGAAGUCCUGUGCUACCUUCUCCUCAUCCCACAGGUAUCACAAAUUGAUAUGGGGUCCUCACAAAGCAGGAUCUGAUGAGAGUCUUUCAGGUGUUCUUAUUGCUGGUGGUGAAAAUGGAAAUAUCAUUCUGUAUGACCCUGCUAAAAUAUUAACCGGUGAAAGUGAAGUUGUGAUUGCUCAGAAGGACAAGCAUACUGGGCCUGUAAGAGCACUGGACGUCAAUCUUUUCCAGACAAACCUUGUAGCCUCAGGUGCAAAUGAAUCUGAGAUCUAUAUCUGGGACUUGAAUAACUUUGCUACACCCAUGACACCAGGAGCCAAGACACAGCCUCCCGAGGACAUCAGCUGCAUUGCGUGGAACAGACAAGUCCAGCAUAUUUUGGCUUCUGCAAGCCCCAGUGGCCGUGCUACAGUGUGGGAUCUCAGGAAAAAUGAACCGAUAAUCAAAGUCAGCGACCACAGUAACCGGAUGCAUUGCUCAGGCCUGGCUUGGCAUCCGGACGUUGCUACACAAAUGGUUCUGGCUUCAGAAGAUGACAGGCUGCCUGUCGUCCAGGUGUGGGAUCUUAGGUUUGCAUCUUCUCCCCUUCGUGUUCUGGAAAGCCAUGCAAGGGGUAUUUUGACCAUUGCUUGGAGUAUGGCAGAUCCUGAACUGUUGCUGAGCUGUGGCAAGGAUGCUAGAAUUCUUUGUUCCAAUCCAAAUACAGGAGAGGUGUUAUAUGAAUUGCCUACUACGACACAGUGGUGCUUUGAUGUUCAGUGGUGUCCGAGAAACCCAGCUCUCCUCUCUGCGGCUUCUUUUGAUGGGAGGAUCAGUAUUUACUCAAUCAUGGGGGGAAGCCCAGACAGCUUGCGGCAGAAGCAGGCCGACAAGCUUUCGUCGUCUUUUGGGAACCUCGAUCCUUUUGGAACAGGGCAGCCGCUUCCUCCCUUACAGCUUCCUCAGCAGACACCGCAGAGCACAGUCCUACCCUUGAAAAAGCCACCCAAGUGGAUUCGCCGACCUGUGGGUGCCUCUUUUUCAUUUGGAGGGAAGUUAGUUACAUUUGAGAACAGCAAGCCUCAACAACAAGGAGCAGAGCAGCAGCAACUGCGAUACCAUGUCUACGUGAGCCAAGUGGUUACAGAGAAAGAGUUCCUGAGCCGUUCGGAUCAGCUGCAGGAGGCUGUGCGGGCAGAAGCUUUCAUCAAUUAUUGUCAGAAGAAGAUUGAUGCUGCCAAGAAUGACUUUGAAAAGAAUGUGUGGUCUUUCUUAAAGGUGCAUUUUGAAGAGGAUUCACGUGGCAAGUAUCUGGAGCUUCUCGGGUACAGGAAGGAUGAUCUGGGGCAAAAGAUUUCUUCUGCUCUCAAUAAAGAGCGCCUUCACGGUAGAGAACUAGAUCAGGCUCUUGAGGAAUCUGACCAGCCUGCACAGAUGGACGGUGAGGAGAGUCUGGCUUCUGCUAUGGAUCAGCUCUUGGGAGAGAAUGCGGACGACGAGACUGAAGCCUUUCCGUCCUCAAAUGAAACAUUCAACAUUUCUGUCACUGAAGAUAUCGAUGGCUUGAUCACUCAGGCUUUGCUGAUGGGUAACUUUGAAAGUGCCGUUGACCUCUGCCUCUAUGACAAUCGCAUGGCUGAUGCCAUCAUACUGGCUAUAGCCGGGGGCCAGGAGCUGCUGUCCAGGACGCAGAAGAAAUAUUUCGCGAAGACGCGAGGCAAAAUUACCAGGCUCAUCACUGCAGUUGUGACCAAGAACUGGAAGGAGAUUGUCCAGUCUUGUGACCUACAAAACUGGAGGGAAGCUCUGGCCGCUGUGUUGACUUACGCUAGGCCAGAUGAAUUUGCAGCUCUUUGUGAUUUGUUGGGUGCCAGACUUGAAAGUGAAGGUGACAGUCUUCUGCAGAACCAGGCCUGUUUGUGUUACAUUUGUGCUGGGAAUGUAGAGAAAUUGGUUGCCUGCUGGACUAAAGCUCAGGAUGGAAACAGCCCCCUCUCUCUGCAGGACCUCAUCGAAAAAGUGGUAAUCUUGCGCAAGGCAGUCCAGCAGACGCAGGUGAUGGAUGGCAAUGCUGUUGGGGCUCUUCUAGCUGAGAAGAUGACGCAGUAUGCCAACCUCUUGGCUUCCCAGGGCAGCAUUGCUGCUGCGCUAGCUUUCCUUCCUGCUAACACCAGUCAGCCUAUCAUUGUGCAGUUGCGCGAGAGGAUUUGUAGAGCUCAAGGAGAACUUCCCAGGGGCCCAGAGGCACCGAAGGCACCUUAUGAAAGGCAGCCUGCAGCCAAGGGAAGAGUAGGCCCUGCCACGGGCCAGAUGCAGAUGCCACAAGUCCCAACACAGCAAUAUUAUCAGCAGGUUAGAGUUGCCCCUACUGUCACUACCUGGAGUAACAAAACCCCCACUGCCCUUCCCAGCCAUCCUUCUGCAGCCUCUCCCUCUGAGACACAGGGAGAAAACCACCCUCCUCCUCCUGGAUUUAUUAUGCAAGGGGCCAUCAAUCCUAAUGCACCAUCACAUCAGCCUACACCUCCUGGUUACAAUAUGUACCCUACACAACAGCCAUAUCCACAACCUUGUCAGCCAGCGCAACCCUAUUCUUUCGGAACGGGGGGACCGUCGCUCUAUCAGCCCCAACAACCACCUGUCGCUGCUCCUCCUCCUCCUCCAACCUCGUUUGCUAACCCCAAUCCUCCUUACCUGUCCUCUAAUCCUCCCAGUUCUAUGCCUUCUCCAUUGUACCCUGCACAGCCCCAAGCCUCUCCAACCAGCCUGAACCCGAGCGCUCCGCUUCCUCCUCCUCCUCCUCUUUCUGGUGCCUCCUUCCAGCAUGGCAGGCCAGGAGCUCCAGCAUCUUCUAUGCCGUACGCCAUGCCUCCUGGACCCACAGGUACAGAGCCUGCAACCAGUGAGCUCGCUGCAUCCCAAAGAACAGAGUAUCGAUCAAUACAAGACCAAGCCAUUAUCCUAGAAGGUGAAUUAGGACCUCAGAAUGGCUGGAACGAUCCUCCUGCUUUGAGCAGAAUUGCAAAGAAAAAGAAGAUGCCUGACAACUUCACUCCUCCUGUUCCCAUCACAGCCCCGAUAAUGAAUCCUUUGUUAGACCCACAAGCCCAGGUUCAGCAGCAGCCGCCGCCAUCGUUGCCGCCACCACAGCAGCCGCCGCCUCCAACUACAGGACCUCCACCAGCCCAGGUUCCGUUUCAGCCCUCACACCCUCCUCCAGGCCAGCCUCUGCUACCGAACCCUUUCCAGAACGUUCCGCAGCCCGGAGGCCACACCAUCAUGACUCCCGCUGUGUCGGCACCGAGCAUGGAAGGAGCACCAGGAGCCCCGAUUUGCAACACCGUACAGCAUGUUCAGUCCCUGCCAACAGAGAAGAUAACAAAGAAGCCAAUUCCCGAGGAGCAUCUCAUCCUCAAGACUACAUUUGAAGCUCUCAUCCAGAGAUGUCUGUCCUCCGCUACGGAUCCCCAAACCAAGAGGAAAUUAGAUGAUGCCAACAAGCGCCUGGAAUUUCUGUAUGAUAAACUCAGAGAUCAGACACUUUCCCCCACGAUAAUCAAUGGCUUGCACAAUAUUGCCCGGAGCAUUGAAACACGGAACUACGUCGAGGGGCUGAACAUCCACACCCACAUAGUCAGCACAAGCAACUUCAGUGAGACAUCAGCCUUCAUGCCAGUGCUGAAAGUCGUCCUCACCCAGGCCAAUAAAUUAGGCGUGUGAAGUGGGAGAGCAGCAUUGCAUGAAGUGAUAGGAAACUGGUCUAUACUGUACCUGCUGCAGUUGAGUUUCAUUUUAGGAGGGCCACUGAACCCUGGUGCUUUUCUUUUCUCUCUUUCUCUCUCUCCAUCUUUUAUUCGUCUUACCUAAGACAAUGUAUUUAAUUACGCCACCCGCCCCCCCACCCCCGU